UUCAAACCUAAUCCUUUCAAACCCCUGCCUGGUCUAUAAAAGUCAGGGUGCACCCUGGUUUACACUUCACUCAGAACAUUUAGGUUCCUGGUUAAGGUCUUCAACGAAGUCAUCAUGAGCAGAAACUAUCUGUCCAAGGACAAUGAGCUGACUAAAGGAGACUUCCUUCUCUCUAACAACCGUGAGUGGAAGGCAGUGUUUCAGGAUGAUGGUAACUUUGUCAUCUAUGGCUGGAAGCCCUACUGGUCCUCAGACACAGGAAGCCUAAGCCCUGAGCGCCUGUGCAUGCAGGCUGACUGUAACCUGGUCUUGUACAACAAGAAGGAUUCACCUGUUUGGCAUACCAACACCUCCAAGACCAGUUGCAACAUGUGUCGUGUUCAGCUGACAGAUGAGGGGAAACUGAUCCUGCAGAAGGACGGAGAUACAAUCUGGAACUCUGCUGACUCUAAAGGCAUGAAAUAAAAUGACCUAAAAACAAA